UGUAUAUACACAAUUGGUUUUAUACAUAGUGUGUAGACAUUUGCCAAAAUAUUGUACAAAAAUAACUAAAACAAAACUUAUUGAAUCAAAAACGUUUAUUAAAUUCAAGUUCCUGUUAUUACAAAAAUAAACGAGCUUACUAAAAGUACUAUAUAUCAUCAUCAUAAACAAGUGGUGUCAGCUGUGAAUUAUAGGCAGUCAUCAGUAAGUAAUUUACAUCCGCAUCAAAUAGUCACGCUAUGGCUGCCGCUGUGGAGAAUCAACCGCGCACCGAGCUGCAGGAACUGCAGCUCAAAUCCGCUCAAGUUGCCGAUGAAUCCUUGGAAAGUACGCGUCGCAUGCUCACCAUGAUGGAUGAAUCCAAGGAGGCGGGCAUUCGCACUCUUGUGGCGUUGGAUGAUCAGGGCGAGCAAUUGGAUCGCAUCGAGGAGGGAAUGGAUCGCAUUAAUGCGGAUAUGCGUGAGGCGGAAAAGAAUCUCAGCGGCAUGGAGAAAUGCUGUGGCAUCUGUGUGCUGCCGUGGAAGAAAGUUAAUCUGAAGGAUGAUGGCGAUAGCGCCUGGAAGGCGAAUGAUGAUGGCAAAGUUGUUGCAAGUCAGCCGCAGCGGGUGAUCGAUGAACGUGAACGGAAUGGAAUGGGACAACCAGCGCAAUCGGGUUAUGUGGCAAGAAUAACGAACGAUGCACGCGAGGAUGAGAUGGAUGAGAAUUUGGGGCAGGUAAAUUCGAUGUUGGGCAAUUUGCGUAACAUGGCAAUUGACAUGGGAUCAGAGUUGGAGAACCAAAACAAACAAAUCGAACGUAUCAAUGCUAAGGGUGAUGCCAACAAUUUGCGCAUGGACGGUGUUAAUAAGCGCGCAAAUAAUUUGCUCAAGAGUUAAGCAGGUGGCAAAAUGUAAUGAUCAAUUAUAACUGCUCGAUACCGAUAACCGAUAAGCACCACACCCAUCGCUACCAACUAACUUCCUGCUAUCUCUCUCACUUGAAACUUUCACUAGUAGACGCAGCAACAACUAAAGCACAACAAUAGCAUCAAAAAGAAAUGCAACAAUUAUGAACUAUGUACUGGGAACAAAAACAAUACUAUGU